CCCGCGUCUGCGAAGGGCCCGCACUCGCGCAAUCAUGGAGCGUCGGGUCGCCCGCGAGUUCCGGCACAAGGUGAAUCUACUGAUUGACAAUGAAGCAGAGAAGGAUUACCUCUAUGAUGUGCUGCGCCUCUACCACCAAUCUAUGAAUCUCCCAGUGCUUGUGGGGGACCUAAAACUUGUGAUCAAUGAGCCCAGCAGGUUGCCUUUAUUUGAUGCCAUCCGCCCACUUAUCCCAUUAAAGCACCAGGUGGAAUAUGAUCAGCUUACACCCAAAAGAUCAAGAAAACUGAAAGAGGUGAGGUUGGAUCGUUUACAUCCUGAAGGACUUGGACUAAGUGUGAGGGGUGGAGUGGAAUUCAGUUGUGGCCUCUUCAUCUCCCAGUUAGUUAAAGGAGGACAGGCAGACAAUGUUGGACUUCAGGUUGGAGAUGAGAUAGUUCGUAUAAAUGGAUAUUCCAUUUCAUCAUGCACACAUGAAGAAGUCAUAAACCUCAUUCGUACAAAGAAAAUUGUAUCCAUAAAAGUGAGACAUGUUGGCAUGAUACCUGUCAAAAGUUCAGCAGAUGAACCCCUUAAAUGGCAAUAUGUGGACCAGUUUGUGUCGGAAUCUGCGGGCAGUGUUGCUGGUCUGGCUUCUUCUGGGGGCAGGAACAGUAAAGAGAAGAAAGUCUUCAUUAGCUUGAUUGGUACAAAAGGCAUGGGAUGCAGUAUUUCCAGUGGUCCAACACAAAAGCCAGGGAUUUUUAUCAGCAAUGUGAAGCCAGGUUCUCUGUCAGCAGAGGUGGGCUUAGAGGUGGGUGACCAGAUAGUUGAGGUAAAUGGAGUGGACUUUUCUAAUGUGGAUCAUAAAGAGGCUGUCAGAGUCCUUAAAAGUAGUCGUACUUUGACUAUCUCUGUGGUAGCAGGUGCUGGAAAGGAGCUCUUUAUGACUGAAGAAGAAAGGCAGAGAGAAGCACGUGUCCAUGAGCAAGAACGUCAGGAGUUAAUGCAUCAGAAGAGACUUGCACUGGAGACAAACAAAAUCAUCAAAGAGCAGCAAGAGAAAGAGAGAUUAAGAAAACUGGAGAUUUCCCAGAAGACUGCAGAGGAAGAAGAAAGAUAUCGCAGAGAAAUAGAGCAGAUAACAGCAGAGGAAGAGAAAUUUAAAAAGGAAUGGGAAGAAGACUGGGGUCCUAAAGAACCUCCCAAAUCUUUAAAAACUGUAACUGCAGAAGUACACUCUGCCCCUCAUUCCAAACACAAAACUUUUGGAUGGUUUUAUCGGUACGAAGGAAAAUUUCCCACAAUCCGCAAGAAAGGGAAAGAGAGAAAGAAGUCAAAAAGUGACAGUUUUUGUGAACAGAAGAAGAAUAAAAAGGAAAUGGAGUUUGAGCAAAAACUUGCCAAAGAAAAAGAAGGAAUGCUGGAGAAAGAAAAGCAACUGAAAAUAAAUCGUCUUGUGCAAGAGGUAUCUGAGACAGAACGAGAAGACCUGGAAGAAUCAGAAAAGGUGCAGCACUGGGUGGAAAGACUUUGUCAGACACGGUUAGAGCAGAUUUCCUCUGUGGAGAAUGAGUCUCCUGAGUUGGCAAGUGGACGUCCUUCUGCUUCUCCUUCUGCCACCUCAAUGCGGCGUUUUGCUGGUGGCCUGCAGCUUCAUACCACAGAUCUUGAUGAUAUAAACUUAGAUGAAGUUGACAAGCCUAAACCACGUGUGGCACCACCACCUCCUCCUCCACCACCUCCCACUGUUACUCCAGCAUCAUCAGCUCAUCCACUUCCUACAUCAAAUGUUCCACUACCAAGAGGUCCAGCCCUUGCAGUCCCACCAGCUUCCCAGGUUGUAAGAAACACCUCCCACGUCGGCAAAGUCCCUUCAGCCUCAAGCAAUCCCCUGCAACUUGCUCCAAGUCCACCAACCCAACGACACCCAGGUGUACCAGUAGUCUCUAAACCUGUCAUGUUGCAUCCUGACCCAAACUUUGUGGUCAGGCCAACAAUCAAAUCAGAGGCCCUGCCACAGGAGAUGUUUAAAAGGAUGGUGGUUUACAAUUCAUCAUUUAGAUCUAACAAAAAACAAGGCUUCCAGAAAUAUUUGGAAGAUUUUGAUCCAUAUUCAAUGUUCACCCCAGAGCAGAUUAUGGGAAAAGAUGUACGACUACUGCGGAUUAAAAAGGAAGGAUCAUUAGACCUUGCAGUCGAGGGAGGAAUUGAUUCUCCCAUUGGAAAGAUUGUUGUGUCUGCUAUCUACGAGGGGGGUGCUGCAGACAAACAUGGAGGCAUAGUGAAAGGGGAUGAAAUACUAGCUGUAAAUGGCAAGAUAUUAAUUGACAGCAGGCUGGCAGAAGCACAGGCAACUCUAGCAAAAGCUUGGAACAUGGGUGGGGAUUGGAUUGACUUGGUCAUUGCUGCAUCACCUCCAAAGGAAUAUGAUGAUGAACUCCCUACUAUUCCUACGUCAGCAGUCAGUCCCAACACACACAGAAAGGUUUUUGAAGGCAGUGCACCUGUGUACAGACAAGGGUAUCUCCUGCAGCUGUAG